UCCCAUAACAGAAUGAUGGACUUUCAAGAUCGCUUGUUUGAAAAACUGGGAAAACUCAAAUACCUAGAUCUUUCAUACAAUCGUGUCAGUUACCUAGAUGACGACCUGUUCAGUGAUAAGUUAACAAGCCUUGAAUUUCUAUUUCUGCAGCAUAACGAUCUACAAGCAAUAACAGGAAACACUUUUACAGAUGUCCCCACUUUAAGAUACCUUCUGCUGAGUAACAACAACAUAACUGUGAUUCCUGAAGGAGCCUUCAAGAGGAAUCUUAAACUCGAGAUGUUAGUGUUGAAUGAUAAUGAAAUUGAAAAACUCGAGAGACACGCCUUUGGUUUUGACGAGAAUGAGCAGACGCCCGAUGGAGUCAUCAUAUACAUGAUCCGGACAAAUGUACCAGAAAUGAAUCUCGAAUCCUUUUAUGGCAUCGGAUCUGACGAUUUUCAUGAACUGACAAUGAAUGACGAGCUCAUUGGAAUAGUAAGGUUCUACACGAAAAAGGAAAAAACUCUUUGCAGAAUUUAUCUGAAUCCUAAUGCAUCGAACGUGGAAAUGGUCAGCGUAUCAGGGAAGAUUUAUGAAAGAGCGAGACUGGAUCUUUUGAUCAGUUUCAUGAACCUGGGUUUUGAACAAGUGGAGCAUUAUUAUGAUGCAGAGAAUAUGACCCAUCACUAUAAACUGCUUCCCUGCCCAGAGGGGACUUAUUCACUUAAAGGCAAAGGAUGCAAAAAGUGUCCACCAGGGGGUUUUCUUUCCGACAGUGCUGGCUAUGUUGCGGACCAGUGUCUUACCUGUCCACGUGGCGCGUACGUGAAAUUGGACAUCUAUCCAGGAACGCGCUAUAAACAUUGUAGGGCAUGUCCUCGAGGAACAAACACAGAUUCAAUGGCCGGAAAGAUCGCUUGCCAUUGCUUGGAUGGAUUCCAUCGGACCGAUAUCUUUGGCAAAUGUAUAGAGUGCGAGAGAGGCGGUAAACACGAGGGCCUGGAAUGCAAGACUGACUUUUUGAAUCUGAAACCUGGUUAUUGGUGGGAAUGGCAGAACGAAACACACAGGGAACGAUACAGAAAUUUCUCCACAAAUCUCAUAAAUCCUCAAGAAUCCUUCGAUAACUCGUUCAGGGAUUUCAACUAUCCUAUGCCGAAGGCAACAAAAUGUCCAAGGGAAGAGUCUUGCCAAGGGGGGGUGAAUGCCAUUGACAAUCCUUGCAAGCCUGGUUAUGAGGGUCCCGUCUGUGGCAUUUGUCAGUUUGGAUACUACAAACAGUUGCAGGUUUGCAGCAAAUGCCCAACUAAGAAGUCAAUGGCAAUACAGUUAGGAAUGUUGGUCGGAUUCUUUCUGUUCAUUGUGGCCAUUUUGGUUUGGUACAGCAGGAAGAAGACGAAAAAAGCUCGAGGACGCCCUUUGAUUGACAUCAUCUUCGCCAGACUUAAAAUCAUAAUCGGAUUUUACCAGGUUACCUAUGGUUUACUCGAAGCUUUCUCGUUCGUCAAAUGGCCAAAUGUCCUUGACGAUAUCGCCCAGUAUUCAGAAUUACUACAGCUGAAUUUUCUGCAGAUUGCUCCUCUCCAUUGUCUGUUCUCGAGUCUCCAGGUGGACGCAUUUGGUAGUCUGUACGCUAGCAUGGGAUUGAAUGCUUGUGCUAUCGCCUUCUUUGCAUUCAUUCUCGGUGUGCGUUAUUUGAUGGUCACCUUUAGUGAUAGCCUGACCCAGAUGGAAAAAGCCAAGCGUAUUUCACACGCCAAAGAACUCGUCUACAGGAAUUUGUUCUUCUUCCUCUUCGUGACGUAUCUGAGCACGUGUUCUAAAACGGCCAAUGUCCUGCCACUCGCCUGCCGACGACUUUGCCGUGACAAAGAAGGGAUAUUAUGUGACGACUACCUCAAAGCUGACUACGGCAUCCGCUGUCACGGAACAAAGUACCACUUACAGCUGAUCGGGGCCUACUUAAAUAUCCUUUACAUAAUCGCUCUCCCCGCCUUCUCCAUCACUGUGCUUUGGAGAGAGCGGGCGCUGAUUAUAGCCCAGAAGGAAGAAAAGAGAUACCAGGAGACCCUUCCUAAUAAAGAGAUCGUCACCGGAUUGCGUUUUCUUUAUGAAAAUUACGACACACCGUCUUGGUAUUGGGAAGUAAUUGAGAUGGCUCGCAAGAUCACACUCACUUCCGGUCUGAUUCUGAUUGGACAAGAGAGCAGGGCUUAUGUGGGUGUUACGUGUGUUCUGGCAGGCCUGUAUGGUAUGACGUUUGCCUACAUUGCUCCCAUUCAAGACUACUUCGAGAACAAGCUGAUGGUCACAGCUCUCUCAGUCACGUUCAUAAACCUCGGAAUUGGCGCCGUGAGCAGAAUCCCAUCAGAGAACAGGGAGCCUUUCAAAGAUCCACUCAUGGAUACAAACAUAUUCAAGAUAACCGUUCUAGGAGCGAAUACUUUGGUGGUUGGACAGCUUAUCUGGGAAUACUUUUCGUACGUCUUACGAUUUUUGUUGAAUUGGAUCAAGAAUCCGCACUUUUCGUUCACUUGUUUCCAGUCUCUGCUCCUCCCGGUGAAUGACUUGGGAGAGGACGAUGAAGAGUUGGACGACGAGGGGUAUCAUUUUGAAGACGGCAAGAUGGAGAUAGUAUCCAUCCACCCAGACCCCACGCAAAAUAACGACAAAAUACUCAACUCCACAGGGGAGGAAAACAAAGCGUCUUUCUCUAAUCCUAUAUAUGAAGAAAUGAAAGAUGACCCCUAUGCCAUCAUCCCCGUUCCUUUGGACAUGAACCGCAAAAAACCCCGAAACAUGCCUUCUACAGUCAGAUUUAAAGAUGAAGUUGCCAUUUACGAUGAAUUGAAAGAGCAAGAACCUCGUUAUGUCAAUUACUCAGCGCACGGACAUUUCACCAUUGAUGUCAUCCCCGAGGAAGAUGAAAAUGAAGGGAAAGAGGAGAUCAAAGGAUCCGAAAUCCAGGAUGGAUCCCAAGAGGGCAAAGAGCUCAACGAGCAGGAGGAAGCGAAAGAAGAGGAGGAGGAAGAGGAAGAGGAAGAGGAAAUAGUGGAGAUGUGCGACCAAGAGGUACAGACAGACUUGACAACUCUUGAGAUGGAUGAGGAGACCAUAUAUGAGCUUUUCGGCGAGCCUCAAGAUGAAUCUCUGUUUGCUGGGUUGCCAGAAGAGCUCCUUUCCGAUAAGAAAGGCUCCAUCGACCAGCAGAACGAAGCAGAGGCGGACCUGGAAACAGAACCUACUCUGGAAGCAGAGGAUCAAGACACUUGUCCUAGCGACGAAGAGAAUGAAUUGGCAUCGGAAUCGGAAAUAGGGGAAGAGAACAAGGCGUUCUCUAGCGACUGGUCCAUCAGCCUCGACAGCGAGGAGGUAUCGGUACUGGAAACCUCCCAGUCUGCACCGGAGCCGAAAGUAGUCGGGCGGGAGAACAAGGCGUUCGCGAGCGCCUGGUCCGUCAACCAAAACAACGAAGAGGCAAUGGCGUUGGAAGUGGAAUCUGCACCACGGUCGGAGCUAGGGAAGGAAAACGAUACGUUCUCAAGCGCUCUGUAGGAAUUUUCCCCGCCAUAGAAGCGUAUCAUUUAGCAGAAUGUGAAGGCAGCUUUUCUUGACUUUUUUAGGUGUUGAAACAUUUACCAAGUUUAUCGCUUCUCAAAUCAUGAGCGUUGUUCUAGUUGAGCUUUUUGAAGGUUAGAAUCGUUUGCUAGAUUUGCUUAGCCAUUGCAUGUGUCAGGUAAUUUUCUGGCGGUUGUAUACUUUUAUGCCCACAUUAAGGGCUGAUAGAUAGCUAGAUACUGAAUCAGGAAAACAAAACAGUGUUAUUUAAGGAAUGGUGCUCUUCCUUGCUUCUCUCAGUCUCCUCUUGAAGGCGAAGCUUCAUGCAUGUCCAAUGAUUCUCUACGAAAAUGAGUUUUAUUUCGUGGGAGUCAAAUCUCGUUUUAGCCCUCAGAGAUAUUCGUUGCACGAAACUAAAGUUAGUUCGUAAAUGGCCAACAGAUGAAAAAGAUGUAAUCUCGGGUUUAUUUGAGAUAAAGCCUUUUCUUUGAUUGGACAAAAAACUUCAAAGGUCUCUACAUGAUUGAUACACCGAUUAACCGAAAUAACACUCGAUUGUAUUCCUGUUUCAUAAUAUAAAUGCAUUUUAUCUAACAAUUUUAUAAGAAUUCAAGUUCAGUUCAUUAAUUCACUA